AUGUGGGCCUUGUUGGCUCCACUGGCGGUAACCUCACGCAGCUUCCUGCGCGACUGCGGUCUUCUGGCUCGGCAAGUUCCUCCCGACGAGGCAGCUGCAGAAACUCUUCUUCGCCGAUGCCUUGGGGAGGGAGUAUCACCUGCCCUCGACGACGUGGUGCUGGGCUCUCUGAUUUCCAUAGCUGCAGCAGCAGGACUCAGACCUGGUGGUGAUGUUCUGAGCGCCAUACUUUGCCACCUGGACCCGGCUCGCCGCCACGGGGCGUUGGACGUCGCUCGCAAGCUCGGCGAGCCGCCAUGUCCACCAGCCCUGCCCGCUUGGUUGGUGCACUUCGACGACACCGGGGAUGUGCAGGAGGAGGCGCCUCCUCCACCUCCGCCACCCGAAGUCCCGGCUUCGCCGUGCGCUGCGGGUGAGGCCCUUCCCCGCCAGGACCUCCGGAGCCUCGUGGCGAGGCCUCCACCGCGCUUCGCUUGCUCCCUGGAUGGCCGACUGCUGGUGGAUCCGGUUGCAACACCUUGCGGCCAAGUCUGCGAGCGUUCCGUGCUGGUGCAGCGACUGCGAGAUACGUCAGGACUUUGCCCAUGGACUGGUGCUGUCCUGGCCGUGGAGCAGUGCGCUGAGGCUAUGAAGCUUUGCCUGGCAGCACCGCAGGUUCACUGCAUCAGCGGCAGCGAGCAAACGGCGCUGCAAAAGUACGAGAUCGUGUUGGUCUUCCUGUCCCUGGACCGGGACACCUUCUGGUUCGACUUUGACUCGGUUUGGCUGAAGAACCCGGUGCCUUUCAUCCGGGCUGCUGAGGCAGCCGACGCCCUAGAGGCCGAGACGUCGAGCCGGUCUCCGUCCAUGGUCUUCUCAGCCAUCGACUUCAACAGCAAGAACUGCGCCAUGAACGCCUACUUCCUGAUCCGGCCGUCGCGGGGACCUGCCGUCGCCUGGGUGCUGUCGCUGCUCGACUGGAUCUACAGUCGGCCGUUCGUUCACGAUCAACUGGCCUUCAGCCUCUUCCUAGGUAGCUGCCCACUCGUCGAUGAUGAGCCCCUUCCUGCUGUUCCGGCGUGGGCACCGCUCGACCCCAACAUCUUUGCGAAUGCGGCGCGCUUCGAGGGGCUUGGUUUCUCCGCCGAGGUGGAAGAUUUAGCCUUCUUCCACUUCUUUGACGGCUGGAAUUCGAACAGCCCUGAGGGAGUCGAAUACUUCGCGAAGCCGACGUACCGAGGCUUGGACAUGUUCUCGGCUUUGUACUCCGACAAGCAAACGGCGACGGAGAUCAUCAGCAGGUCGCGUCUUGAAGCCCCGGCGACAUUGAAGGAUUGCUCCCAAAUGGUUGAUCUGGGGCUCGGAGUAGCGAAGUCGCAGGUCUGGGUCUCCGUCUGA